CUCACUUUUGUCUACAGACAAGGAAAAGGCUUGAAGCACCUUAGGAUACUUCAAGAGGACCUGAGUGACAAUGAGCGAUCACUCCCUGAAGCAGAUGCAGGACAGCCACAGCAGUCCUCUCCUGCCAGAGCCCUCGUCCAGCAGACGCAAAGCCUACGAAUCAGACUUCGCCAGCGCCACCUGGCCCCCAAGCCCCCAGGACACGCACCCCGCGCUGCCCCUCCUGGAAAUGCCGGAAGAAAAGGAUCUUCGGUCGUCUGAUGAAGGCAGCCACAUUGUGAAAAUCGAAAAACUCAAUGAAAGGAGUAAAAAGACAGAGAGCGAGGUGCCCCCUCGCGGGUCCUCUGGCCAACGUGGCUUCAGCCUCUUUCAAGCCAUGGGCUACCUCACCGGCGAAAUGAAGGAGUACAGGAACUGCCUGAAAGACAAGCCCCUGGUCCUCCAGUUCAUAGACUGGGUCCUGCGGGGCACAGCCCAGGUGAUGCUGGUCAACAACCCUCUCAGUGGACUCAUCAUCUUCGUGGGGCUUGUCAUCCAGAAUCCCUGGUGGGCCAUUACUGGGAUCCUGGGAACAGUGGUCUCCACCUUUACUGCCCUCAUCUUGAGCCAAGACAGGUCGGCCAUUGCCUCAGGACUCCACGGGUACAACGGGAUGCUGGUGGGGAUGCUGAUACCUGUGUUCUCGGAGAAGAAUGACUACUUCUGGUGGCUUCUGCUUCCUGUCAUCUUUGCAACCAUGGCCUGCCCAGUUGUUUCGAGUGCCUUGAAUUCAGUCUUCAGCAAGUGGGACCUCCCAGUCUUCACCCUGCCCUUCAACAUCAUAUUGACCACAUACCUGACAGCCACUGGCCACUACAACCUCUUCUUCCCCACAACACUGGUAGAGCCUGUGUCUUCAGUGCCCAAUAUCACCUGGACAGAGAUCGAAAUGCCCUUGCUGUUACAGGCCAUCCCUGUCGGUGUCGCCCAGGUGUACGGCUGCGACAAUCCCUGGACAGGUGGUUUGAUCCUGGUGGCUCUGUUCAUCUCCUCGCCACUCAUCUGCUUGCACGCAGCCAUUGGGUCCAUCGUGGGGAUGCUGGCAGCUCUCUCCGUGGCCACACCCUUCCCAUCCAUCUACAUGGGUCUCUGGAGCUACAACUGUGUCCUCUCCUGCAUCGCCAUUGGGGGCAUGUUCUACGCGCUCACCUGGCAGACCCACCUGCUGGCCCUCUUCUGCGCCCUGUUCUGUGCAUACAUGGGAACAGCCUUCUCCAACAUCUUGGCAGUGAUUGGCGUGCCAUCAGGCACCUGGCCAUUCUGCGUGUCCUCCCUCAUCUUCCUCCUGAUGACGACCAACAACCCUGCCAUCUACAAACUCCCACUCAGCAAAGUCACCUACCCAGAGGCCAACCGCAUCUACUACCUGACAAUGAAGAGCAGUGAAGAAGAGAAGUCCCCAAGUGGUGACUAGCCAAGCCCCAGGCAGACCUGCCCUUUGCCUGCAGCUAGGGUCUGCCCCUGGGAUCUCAGCUCUGGACCAAUCAGCUGCCGCACUCCGCUUCUUUGCCUGCCCUUGCCUCUGUAUCGAAUCAAACACAAGUGUAACUCCCUUGCCCUGAAAGCUGAUUGUCUCUCUCUGCCCAAGUAUCUAUUGUGUGACAUUAAAGGAAGUUGGUUAUGAGCUUGCCAGAGGUAGAAGCCAGCAGUGUCU